AUCCGACCGCCCAGGCUCUCGCAGGACUCGUGCGCCGCUGCCCUCUCACGGUCGCCCCCCGCCUCUCGUCGCGGCGACGCCACAUAUGGCCAUGUACCCGAAGCAGGUGGAGGAGGGUGUGGCCCCGCUGCGGGGCCAGGCGCCGCCGCCGCCGCCGCCGGCCACGGGCUUCCCGAUGAACGGCGGGGGCGGCUACUACCAGGCGGGCGGCGCGACGGCGGCCCUGGCGGUGCACGCGCAGGCGCCCGUCGCCGCGUGGUCCACCGGGCUCUGCAACUGCUUCGACGACUGCGGCAACUGCUGCGUGACGUGCCUGUGCCCGUGCAUCACGUUCGGGCAGAUCGCGGAGAUCAUCGACCGGGGGUCGACGUCGUGCGGCACCAGCGGGGCGCUGUACACGCUCGUCAUGCUGCUCACGGGGUGCCAGUGCGUCUUCUCCUGCUUCUACCGCGCCAAGAUGCGCGCCCAGUACGGCCUCCGGGAGAGCCCCUGCGCCGACUGCCUCGUCCACUGCUGCUGCGAGUGCUGCGCCCUCUGCCAGGAGUACCGCGAGCUCAAGAAGCGGGGCUUCGACAUGAAGCUAGGAUGGCACGCGAACAUGGAGAGGCAGGGGCGCACCGCCGCCACCAUGCCGCCGCAGAUGCACCCCGGGAUGACCCGCUGACGAUGCCACCGCCGCCGCUCGCCUCUGCUGCGGAUACCAAAUGCUGCACAUGCCCAACCUGCAUCAAUCAUCCUACCCCUAUACCUGCUUGGGGCGGCUACUGUGGCGCGCCCGUGUAGUUAAUUAAGACAUGGACUACUCUGCUAUAUAUGUGAGCUUGUCAUGUGAAGGAGAUCAACUCUCUCUCUCUCUCUCUCUCUCUCUCUCUCUCUCUCUCUCUCUCUCUCUCUCUCUCUCUCUCUCUGUUUGGUACAGUAGCUCUGAAUAUUAAAACUUUUAGCUGGCGUGACAGGAACUAAUGCAAGUUGCUUUGACUCGAGUGUACUCCAUGGACAACAAAAGAGUUGCUUCUUGCUUGUACCCCUUUGGACAGGAGUGGAAGAGUAGAGUUGUUGCUUCUUA